GCGGACACCUAAACCCGCUCCGUGUGUGACGUGUAGGACCUCCUCCUCCGACACACAGCAGCAGUAAUGGCGGACUACGACGGCUACGAUGACCGGGACCGGGCCUACGGCAGCUUCGGCGGCGGCAGAGGUCCUCUAAGCGUUAAACUCCCCCUGUCCUCUGCAGGUAGAGGUUUUCGAUCUGCUCCCAGAGGAGGCGCAGGAGGAGGACAGGACUCCCGUGAGGACUUCAGCGACCAACCAGGAGGACGUGCGGUCAGCGGCUCAGGUUUUAGAGAUGAUGAUUACAUGGGGGGGCGGGGUCGAGUUGGCAGCAGUCGCCCCGGUGAUAGAAGGGGUGGUGGUGGAGGACCGGGAGCGGGACCGGGAGCAGGACCGGGAGCAGCAGCAGGAGGAGGAAUGGGUCGCUUCAGAGACGCUCCCCCCCGUGGAGGAACGACAGACUUCAGAGAACCAUCUGAAGAGGAGCGUGCACAGCGGCCUCGGCUGCAGCUGAAGCCUCGGACUGUCGCUGAGCCACUCAACCAGGUCGCCAACCCAAACUCCGCUAUCUUCGGUGGAGCCAAACCACGAGAGGAGCACUGAGUCAUUUAAACCACCUCCGACACUCUACUGGCCAGACGGUGGCGCUAACGUGACGUGUUUCAACAGAAAAGAAGAAAUUUGAAGUUUUUUUUUUUUUCUGGGCCCUCUCUCGUUACUUCAGUGUGGAUUAUGUGGAAGUCAACCCCCAUUAAGAAAAUUCUACAAAACUGGUGAAAAGUUUUGAAUGAGCUACAAAGUCAAAGUGGAUAAUUAUUGUACAAAGUUGUAGUUUUGGUUUGUGGUCACCUGUAGUUCCAUCUUUAACCUGUUGGCAGAUCUGAACUCACUGGUCCUUAACCUGGUCCAGGUCUCUUGUCUCAGUGUGGACCAGGAUCAGGUCUGGGUCUGUAGUGGAUCACUUGAACAGGAUUUAAAUCCUUAGUAUUUUCAGUCUGCGUCGCUUUGAGAACAUUUUAGUCGCUGAUAAACUUUGCUUUUGCUUUGUUUCCCAGGACAUUAAAUGGAAGAACUUUUUCUUAUGUACCAUAGAAUACACACAAAGAAAAAACAAAAAGUAACAGCUGUUUUAAAUUUUUCUUUCCAAACAAUGUUUAUGGCAAUAAAACUGUAUCAUCAUCAUACAUCCACAGAAUGUGUUUACUUUCAGGGUGGGUAAGGGGCCAAAUCCUUGGCUUUUAUCUUUUCUUCCAAAUUCAAGAAGAAUAAAGAAUGAAGCUCUUUC